AUGCCGGGUACCUCUGAGCCGAUCACGACUGGUACGAUCCAGACUACUAUCGAUCGCAGAGGCGAUUGGAAUCCGACUGCUGGAUCCGCAACUUUGCGUCCAAAAGAAACUGGUGCGACCUCUGAAAUUGAACUGGCCUACAAAACAUCCGGUCCCACAAGUCUGACUGACAUUGAGGUCACAUUAGGACAAGAAAAAUUUUGGGGAGACGGUCGUCCAGCCAUGCAAAAAACGGCUCGGGACAAAUCAAACACUAAUGACAUCCUGGACGCACCCAGACAUGGAAAAAGUACAUGUGCAGAAAGUGACGCACCCCCAAGGUCACCAUCGGUACGACGCGUCCGGAAAGUAGCGUGUACUGGAACGCUGUUUUGCGCUACAAAUGGGGAUUCUGUGAACGCAGCAGGCGGUCAGCAAGACCGACGGAAAGUCGAGGAAUCCGAAUUAGCCGGACAACGUGGCCGUCCCAGACAACUGGGACAAGCGGCAGCAAUCAAUGUCCCCUCAAUGGUCCUUGAAGAUUCUAAUAGCAGCCUCCAAGUCGAUCCGAAAAGUUGCCUGAGAACAUCACAAACGAGAGAUUCAGCUAGGUUCCAGACGAAAUCAUCUACCACAUCGAUCAGUUCACCUGCUAGCAUGGGGUUUGGUUUUGAUCCCAACCAAUCUUACGUAAUAUUUAUCACUUCAAUGGCACAGCAGAGUUGUUCAGGGGCCCAAUCCAAGAAGAGCUAUAUAAUCCUUCGUGGACAAACGCCUCGGGAGGAUUUCGGGGCAGUGUCUGGGGCAGAUGAAGAAGAAUCGCGUAGCACAUCGAAUUCGAAACAAGGAAGGAAGGAUGGCAGAGGACAAACUCGUCUGACCUCAGUGGAGGUGAUGAACUUGGAAGGUUUGCUUAGACAGAUGUACGUCCACGAGAGCAAGCUUACAGCGCCCUUAUAG